CCAAAUAUCUGGAAGUGGUAAUUGUACAAAGCUAGUCAUAAAUGGAUACCAUUGAAAAUGAUAUGGAAUAAUUGCACCACAAACACCUAUUGGUUCAUGUCUGGUGUAUGCAAAAUAACCAUUCUCUGCAAAAGUAUGAUCAUUUAUACCACUCUUGUUGACCAGUAAAGUAAGACAUGGACAAAAUUCCUCCAGCAGUUUCAAACUUGGAAGUGAAAUACACAAAGUUGUUCAUCAACAAUGAGUUUGUUGAUGCAAAAGAUGGAUCAACUUUUCCAACGGAGGACCCAGCAACUGGGGAAAAUAUUUGUCAAGUUUCAGAAGCAAAAGCUGCUGAUGUUGAUGCUGCAGUAGCAGCCGCACGUAAAGCUUUUCAACCUGGAUCUGAGUGGAGGAAAAUGGCACCAAAGAAAAGAGGAGUUCUACUCAAUAAAUUGGCUGAUUUAUUGCUAAGAGAUCAACACUAUCUAGCUUCCUUAGAAAGUCUUGAUGGUGGGAGACUUUAUUCAGCUUGCUUUGCAGUUGACAUACCUUCCUGUGCUGAUGUGUUGAGGUAUUUUGCUGGUUGGGCAGAUAAAGACCAUGGCAGUACAAUGCCUAUGGAGGACGGAUAUUUUGCUUACACAAGACAUGAACCAAUUGGGGUAUGCGCUGGAAUUAUACCGUGGAAUGUGCCAUUAGCUAUGUUUUGUUGGAAGCUUGGGCCAUGUGUUUCUAUGGGUAAUGUUCUUGUGUUGAAACCAGCAGAACUAACACCCCUAACUGCGCUUUAUAUGGCUUCACUUAUCAAAGAAGCAGGAUUUCCACCAGGAGUGGUCAAUGUUAUACCAGGUUUUGGUAAAACAGCAGGAUCUCCUUUAUCUCGGCACAUGGAUGUAGAUAAAAUUGCCUUCACUGGUUCAACAUUGGUUGGUCGACAAAUACAGAAAGAUUCGGCCGAAACAAAUCUUAAACGUGUCACCCUUGAACUGGGAGGCAAAAGUCCAAACAUUGUAUUUGCUGAUGCUAAUAUUGACUUUGCUGUCGAGAUGGCCCAUGUUGCUGUAUUUUUCAACAAUGGACAAAUAUGUUGCGCUGGUACACGUACGUAUGUUCAUGAAGAUAUUUAUGAUGAGUUUGUUAAGCGAAGUGUAGUAAGAGCAAAGAAAGGCAUUGUUGGAAGCCCUACAUCUUUAACCACUGAACAUGGACCUCAGAUUAACAAACUGCAGAAAGACAAGAUCUUAAAAUAUUUAGAAGGUGGAGUAAAACAAGGAUGUAAGAUAGAAUGUGGUGGAGGGGAAAUUAAAGGGAAAGGACAUUUUGUUCAACCUACUGUCCUAACUAACCUUACUGAUGAUAUGACUGUUUCAAAAGAAGAGAUUUUUGGUCCAGUUCAACAGAUCUACAAAUUCAAAGAUGUAUCUGAAGUAUUAAAGCGAGCCAACAAUACAAAAUAUGGAUUGGCAGCUGCCGUAUUCACCAAUGAUAUUAAUAAAGCUAUGGCAAUUUCAAAUGGGAUUGAAGCUGGAACAGUUUGGGUGAAUUGCUACUAUAAAUUUGAUCCAUGUCUUCCCUUUGGUGGGUACAAGCAGUCGGGUACUGGCCGUGAACUUGGUCAGUAUGCUUUACAUGAGUACACUCAAGUUAAGACUGUUGCAAUAAAGCUUAAUGCACCAGCUCUAUAAGCAAAGAUAAUUUCAUACCAUUACUAAUUGCGUCACAAGUUGUCAUUACCUUACCGAUACUUAUACCAGCAUUAAAUGUACUUGUACAUGUGUAUUAACCCCAAAUAUUAUCCACUAUUUUUGUUCAUGAUGAAGAGAUAUGACAAGACUUUGCAUUUUUGUACAUAUUUUUAACUAUAUUUCUUCAAACCGAAUAAAGAGGUUGAUAGCAGCAAGUAGAUUUAAUCACUUCUAAUUCUAACAAACCAAUUAAUUUGCACUUGAUCAAACAGCUUGCUAAUAAAUACAGUUUCAAAAA